CACAUAUAUUUAUACUUAAUUUACUUGAAGAUACUGGGAAUCUUGCGAUUAUUUAUUGUUAUUUUGUUGUUUCUGAAUAUCGACUUGACGACCGCGUGGGUAGUUUUUCUUUGAAACUUAAGUUUUGCCUGAGGGCACUUGUUAACAAUUGAAAAUCGUUGGAGCGGAGCGCGAAGACAGAUGAGCUACGUGAUUCGGGCGUCUCCGUCAAAUCAAGUGGAACAAGUAAUUUGGUAUUAGUGGAAUCAGUGUCGCUUUUUCAGCAAUAGCCAAUAACCAAUAGCUUACAAGAUGCCAAAAGAAGACGAAAAUAAAGAUAGGGGUAACUGGGAUAACAAGGCAGAUUAUUUACUCUCGUGCAUCGGAUAUGCUGUAGGACUUGGUAAUGUUUGGAGAUUUCCGUAUCUUGCGUAUAAAAAUGGUGGAGGCGCUUUCCUUAUACCGUAUGUCAUUAUGUUGGCAUUUGCUGGGCUUCCAAUUUUUUUCAUGGAAUGUGCAUUGGGACAGUUCUGCAGUUUAGGAGCGACUUCGGCGUGGAAAUUCAAUCCAUUGUUCAAGGGAGUUGGCAUAUGUAUGGUCACACUUUCUGCUCUCGUCGGAAUAUAUUACAAUGUAAUAAUUGCCUACACAGUCUUCUAUUUCUUUUCCUCGCUCACAAAUUCGCUUCCAUGGGAAUCUUGUGAUAAUUGGUGGAAUAAUAAGACUCUGUGCAGUACAAAUUUUACAUACAUCUGCAGUCCUGACUUAUCCAGUCUCACUGCUGCACAAUUCAAUACUGUCGAACAGAGGGUAUCAAGUUGGUCAGAUGACGGUGUGCCAGUGCCAGAAGUGGAGAGUGUGGCAAAUGUUUUGGGCGUUAACAUUUCUACCCUGAAUUGUGGAACAGCUAAACAGAACGCUUCUAGAGGUUCUAGCCCAAGUGAAGAAUAUUGGGAAGAGUACGUGUUGGGCAGACCACCAAACAUGAAUCCGGAAAACACUGGCCCCGUUCGCAUGCAACUGGCACUUGCGUUAUUGGUUGCGUGGAUCGUGGUAUUCUACAGCUUGAUCAGAGGUAUCAAAUCGUCUGGGAAAGUGGUUUAUUUCACCGCUCUUUUUCCAUACGUCGUGCUCCUUAUUUUGCUUAUCAGGGGUGCAACUUUACCCGGAGCAUACGAUGGCGUGCAGUACUACAUUGGAUAUGAAUCGAAUAUUGAAAAGCUGAAAAGUGCGGAAGUCUGGAAAGACGCUGCGACACAAAUUUUCUUCUCUCUAAGUGCCGCCUGGGGAGGAUUGAUUGCACUUUCGUCAUAUAACAAAUUCAACAACAAUUGCUUCUUUGACUCCGUUCUUGUCUGCAGUGUAAAUUGUUGCACGUCUCUUUUUGCUGGGUUUGCUAUAUUUACUAUCGUUGGGCAUAUGGCACAUGUCUUGGGAAGAAGAGUGGACGAAGUCGUCAAAGACGGCUUUGCUCUCGCGUUUAUAGCAUAUCCCGAAGCUAUCGCUCAGCUGCCCGUGUCACCUCUGUGGGCUAUUCUGUUCUUCCUAAUGCUUUUCACCCUGGGGCUGGACAGUCAGUUUACAAUUUUAGAAACAGUGGCAACUUCUGUUAUUGAUGCCUUUCCAAGUGUGUUCCGCAACAGGCGUUGGCAACUAACGCUUAUUUUGGCAAUAGUUAUGUUUCUUCUUGGUCUGACAUGCAUCACAAAUACGGGAAUAUACUACCUUCAACUCGUCGAUCAUUAUGCCGCUGGAUGGGGAUUACUGAUUGCUGCUGUGAUGGAGCUCAUAGGGGUCUGCUGGGUGUACGGAGGGAAUCGCUUCAUAAAAGAUAUUGAAAUGAUGAUAGGCAAGAAACAUUGGACCUUUUGGAUCUUCUGGCGAGCUUGUUGGUUUUUCAUUUCACCACUUCUUUUGAUCGCCGUUCUCAUAUGGUCACUAGUUACAUUCACACCUGCAUCAUAUGCGGGUUACGAUUAUCCGGACUGGGCUAAUGGCCUAGGAUGGGCUGCUAUCGGGUUCGCUCUAUUAUUCAUUCCGCUCAUGGCCAUUGUUGCGAUUAUCAAAAACAGAGGAAACAUAAUCAAAGCGUCAAAACCCGAAAUGGAUUGGGGCCCGUACCUGAAGAAAUUCCGUGGCCAAAGAUACGCUUUGAUGAACGAGCCUGUCGAAGCAUUAGAUAUUCAAGAAAUGGGAGAAAGAAAUCCAACCUUUGAACAAGAAGAAGACGGUCAAACAAAGAUGUGAAUAUCUUGUAUAUCUGACGUCCAGAAUCACUGGCGGUACAAUUUUACAUAGAUUCGCCCAUUUGCCACGUGAUUGCAAACAGACGCCCUAUACAAUUUCUAAUUAAAAUACUAUUUCCCUGUACAAUUUUAUAAAGGAUUGUUUAGGUUCCCCAGUUGUUGUUUCACGUCACUGGGAAGCCUGUGCCACUCUGUAAAUGUCUAUUAACUUGAAAAUGGCUAGACUUCAAUUUUAUCAUUCAAUUUUGACGUUUAGCAACUAUCGGUGCGCAACGGCAUCAUCCUAAUAUUUAUGUUUUUAGUGUUAGUAUAUAGCCAGCCAGUGUUUGUGUCAUCGAUCUAAAUGUAUUUUUAUUUGAGAAUACUUCACAAUAACAAAACAAGUAGCUACGAAGCACCUUAUAAUUCAAACAAGUUCAAAUCUCAUUUUCGACGAAGUUCGCACAAUUGAGUGUAGCCCAAGCGACUUCAGAGCCGCCGACAACUAUUUGGUGUAGAGACGGUAUUAAAUUUCACUACCUCGAAGUAAAGACGUUCAAAACAUUUAUCUCGUUUGGUAAACUGAAUAAAACCCUUUUACGGAUGACUAAUUAUUACAAGGCUCAUUGUCCCAUACUAACUUUUUCUAUAAACAGAUUAUUUUAGUAUGUCUAGAAUGACGUCAAAAGACGAUGUCGAGGGUGUAAAUAUUUUGAAGUAAAAUGAGCUAUUACCUCCAAUGAGGCGGAACAACACAAUAUAUACUUCACAUGGUAUUUGUUUUUUAGUAUUGUUAUACCUGCCUCACGAAUGUGCUAACCCUAUAUCCGUCAGUUGCAUAAAACUAUCUUUCGCGUAAGUGAACCGAAAUACUUUUGCCAAUAUAUGUACAAACAUGAUCAUCCCAGUUGACUGCAUGACAAUUCAAUUGAUAAUGUGAGGUGUUAACUUAAUCCCAAUAAUAUUUUUCAUUAAAUAUGUAUUCAUAUAAUAUCCAAUUACUAACUUUUCUUUCUAAAACUAAUAUUUAUAUAUACUUAUGAAUAAAUGACUUUUCAAAUGUAAUAAAAACGUUACCACAAUAG